AUGCUUUACCGUUAUUCGGAUCUAGAAACACCUUUACAACUUGAGUGUACUGUGUCUGGUGCUCUAAGUUUCGUCCUGCACAUGUCACGCAUAGCUGCCAUAGCUCCAAUCAAGUUUGAGAAAGUGCGCGGUGGUUGGCGCAUUAGCUUGUCACGUUUUUACUACGCGUACACUAUUUUGUUCGUAAUUCUUUCACAUAUUAUUACAGGUUUCAACACCUUUGAUCGUAGAGAAGAAUUAGUAGAUGGAUAUGAAUCUUCGUCCAACAAACAGUCCAUGCCUGUUUUGAUUGCAGUUCUUUAUACUAUGGGAAUUGUAGUAGGAAUACCGAUAGCUGUCACUGGUGACAAGAGGCUACGCUAUAUAAUCAACUGUCUGUUUUAUGUAGAACAAUUGGAGAAGACCAAGCACUUAGUCAAGCAGCUAAUGCGCUACACUCCAAGAGAUGAUUCAGUGUUUUAUCACGAACUAAAGAUGUUUCAAUAUCAUAUCUCACUCAAUCCGGUCAGCUUUUACUCGAUGCACCUGUUGAAGUUUGACAGAAAGCUUUCGAUAGCGGUCUUGUCCUUGGUCAUGACGUACCUGUCCGUUGUUAUCAGUUUAUAA